AUACAGGGAAAGUGGGUCUAUAUACAUGUGUAAGUAAAUCAUGGAGGACAUUUCUUAUUUUGUUUGUUGCUAGAGUGGGAAGUCGCUGGGAUCAGAAUGUCAUGACAGCAGUUGUCACAGCAACUGGUAAACAUAACAUCAGAGUGUGUUUACAUGAUGCAGGUUUCUACAAACAUGAAUAAAAACACGAAACCUCUAACGAUGGGCUCCAAAUCAGACGCCGUCCCUCAUGAAGAAAGACUAUCAGAUGCAGCCACCCUUACAAACAAAACUAAAGCAGACUACUUGAAGACCAUCAACCCCUCCAGGAAGACACUCUCAUCUCUGGAGGCAAAGCUUAUAUUUGGGGUACUAGAUGAGAGCAUCCGUCAGAUGGAGAUAGUUUCUCUUCUACCCACUUUGCUGAGCUCUCCAGAAGCACUUUCCCAGAGUCUUGGAGAAGAGGUGGUCCAUUCCCUGAAAGAGCACCACAGGCUUGGGGAAAAGUACAAAGCUAUGGUGCUUGAUGCAAGCUUUGAGAAAAGUGAACUAAAGGAAGAAUUAGCCAAAUCGAAAAAAGCCCUUAAAGACUCCUUUCAUAACAUUAUACGGCUGCUUAGGGCAACUCCUACCACAAGGGAGGUGCUAAAAGGCAUAGAACCCAACAGAGGGGGAGAGACGGAGACUCAGAAGCUGAAAGAUGGCCUGUGUGAUUUGAGAGAGAUUGUUUUGGAGAGGCUUCUCACUACACCUGCAGAGGAGAGAGAACGCAGAGAGAUGAUGCUUGAAGUCAGUCAACGUCACUCUGCCAACCAGAAGCUGAUAGACUCACUGGAAAAAGAGGUUGCCAGUGCAAUAAAAGACAAGGAUACAGAGAUAUCCACAUUGAAUAAUAAAGUGCACCAGCUGAGAAACUCACUGCAUCAGAUGGAGAAAGGUUUGGAGGAAUUCAUCGCCCGAACACAUCAGGAUGCUGAGAAACAGAGCCAAUCAGAUACAAAAACUUCAGAGGGGAAGAGAAGUCGUUUGCAGCAGGAGGCCAGUCAACUGAGAGCUCAGCUCAAUAAUGUGACUGCAGACGACAGAGAGAGAGAACUGGCACUACGAAAGAAAAAAUACAAGGAGGAAACAGAGAUUGAGAACUGGAUCCAGAAAUAUGAUACUGAAAUUGGAGAGAAACAGACAGAUUUGGAGGAAAUGACACGCAUGUAUGAAGCAGACAUGGCAGAGCUCACAGCGCUGGAGGAACAUUCAGCAGUCCUGGACCUGGAGUACUCCCAGAUUAUGGAGGAGCGACUGGAGGCUCAGAAGCAGAGGGAAAAACAGGAAAGAGAAAGACAGAUCCAGAGCCAAGCUGCCACUGUCAUUCAGGCCCACUGGAGAGGCUUUUGUGUACGCAAGGCCAUGAAGGCCAACACAAAACCCAAGAAAGGAAAAAAGGGAAAGGGGAAAAAAGGGAAAUGAAAGAAAACAAGACAUGAAAGCAUAGUGCAAGAUAAUCAACAAUAUUACUCCCGUUACUAGAUCAUUAAAACAGAGGGGAAAACACUGUGACUGUAAGACUCAUGAAGCAUUCAAAUGUUCACAUUCCUCUUGAAUACACUGUACAGUUUUUAACCAGAUAUUUGCCCUGAGUUCUUCAAAUCUGUUCAGAUUUUGAAAGUUAUGUAGUGUAUUCCAGUUUAUAGAAACAAUGGAUCCAUCUGCUGCCUACACAGUAUAUUGAGAAAAAAAUCAAGACAUCUGAAUCCAAUUAUUAUGUUUUGAUAUUUCACAUAUCUGAAUCCAAUAAUAUUUCAUUGAUUAUUAAAGAGGAAACCCUUUUAAUUAAACAUCCUUUAAAUCUCCAUGUCCCUGGACAAUAUCCCUGGUGUCCCUCCAACCACAGUCCUAACAAUCCUGUACAAUCCUCAAGGGUGGCCAGAUGAUGAUUUUUAUGUAGCUUAGGCACAUCUGUCCAUUUUCAGUGGAUAAACACCUUCAAAGAUUGGGUCUUGAUCUCCGCUGUCAUUCUUUUCAUUUAGAUUUGGCCUUGCCAUAAUGUUGAACUUCAGUUCAUCAUCUAUAGCUCUCAUGAGCUGAAA